AUGGGUGACGAUGUCUACGAGUCGCUACCAACUCACAGUAUUGGAGUGCAUCUCGCCGCAGGUGCUUUCGCCGGUGCUGUGGAGCACUGUGUGAUGUUUCCUUUUGACAGUGUUAAAACUAGGAUGCAAUCGUUAUGUCCAUGUCCAGAAACAAAGUGUCCAACACCCAUGCACUCGUUGAUGAGUAUUGUUAGGAGAGAAGGAUGGUUAAGACCGCUUAGAGGAGUUAAUGCAGUCGCAGUAGGUUCCAUGCCAGCACAUGCUUUAUAUUUUACUGUUUACGAGAAACUGAAGGGAUUUCUCACUGGAAAUACUGCCGGGCAUUCUAACACUAUAGCUUACGGUGUUUCUGGCGUUGUUGCUACGUUAAUUCAUGAUGCUAUCAUGAAUCCCGCUGAAGUUGUGAAGCAGCGUAUGCAAAUGGCUUUCUCACCUUAUGGUUCGUCCUUGGAAUGUGUUAAAUGUAUUUACAAGAGAGAAGGAUUGUCUGCGUUUUACCGUUCUUAUACCACUCAAAUCACAAUGAAUGUACCGUUCCAAGCAGUUCAUUUCAUGACCUAUGAGUUUUGGCAACAGGUAUUGAAUCCCGAGCACAAGUAUGAUCCACAGUCUCAUUUACUGGCCGGAGGAUUUGCUGGAGGUCUUGCUGCUGCUAUCACUACCCCAUUAGAUUGCAUCAAGACUGUCUUGAAUACGCAGCAAACUCCAGAAACUGAAAUGGUUGUGAAGGACAAUAGAAUAUUUUUGAAGGCGACAAGCACUUAUCGGGGUGUUUCCGAUGCAGCAAGAACCAUAUAUAACCAAAGAGGAUAUGGAGGUUUUCUAUGUGGUCUUCAGGCUAGAGUAAUAUUCCAGGUACCCGCAACUGCUUUAUCUUGGUCUGUGUACGAGUUGUUCAAAUACGUCUUAGGUUAUAACGAAAAAAAGCCUUAG